CAGUAACAACAUUUUGCAUGCCUUCCCCAUGCAUCCUGGAGAGUCAAAUGCAUCAGUACACGAAACUCAUUAGAAGUUGUGGGGUGUCAAGUGCAUGAUCAUCUGACAUCUGCUAUUUUUAUUCUCCCCCAAGGCGUUGAUAUUCUUCUAAGCCGGCCACCACCUGUGUUAAUAUUCUUUUCCUCUUGCCCAAUUGGUCGCAAGGAUUGUGGUAGUCCUUUUUGUCUUUAACUAGAAAAUCUUGGUGCUCAGAAAGUCAGAAUCAACCCACAAGAUUUCUUACUGUUGUAUGAUCAAAUACUAUUUAUCAUUCAAGCAAUAUAUAGUUUUAUGGUUUGGUGGUAGAGUUACUUAUGUUAUUAGUCAUAGGGAGAAUGAUAUGAAGUUGAAUCAUGCAUAAUAUAAUGGGCUUAUGGAGUGAGUUUGUGUUAUUUUGGCAGUGGAUGUUGACUACAUGGACAGAUGAUGAGUGUAAGCUGAUAUUGGAGAAUUGCUGGAAGGCACUGCCUGCUGGAGGAAAGCUGAUCGCAUGUGAGCCAGUGUUGCCCAAGGAAUCAGACGAUAGCCAUAGAACACGUACUCUUCUGGAAGGAGAUAUUUUUGUGAUGACCAUUUACAGGGCCAAGGGAAAGCAUAGGACCGAGGAAGAGUUCAAGCAGCUUGGUCUCUCUGCAGGUUUCCCUCAUUUUCGCGCAUUCCAUGUCCAUGUUGAUGAUUUCUUCACUGUCUUGGAAUUUCAGAAGUAAAAGGGAAGAACUCCACGAUAAGAAUGAAGUAAAAGAUUUUCAAUCUUCAUAUUUCUGUUCUUGUUUUCAGUUCUUCUGAAUACUUAUCAGAGAUGUCUAUAGGCUACCUCUGUAUCUAGUAUGAAUAAGCAGAAGAUCAAAAUGUCACAAAUAUUAGUCAAAAUGUUACAAAUAUCAGCAAGUAUGAAUUAAAUCAUCCUCCCUAUCGUCAAAAAUAGGCAUUUUGGUUGAGAUGUACUCUUCUUGAAGCCAUUGAUCCCCAUCAAUGAAUGAAAUGUUCAUGAAAGG